AUGAUUUCUUAUCUGUAUGGGAUUGUGACUCGUGCCAUGUCUCCACUGAUCCACAACAACGGCCUUCCCUCCCCUGUGUCCCAGGAUGGCACUGAUAACGGCGGCACAAAGCCCGUUGUGAAAGAUGAUCUCUUGAACGAACUGGCAGGCUCCAUUUCGACCAAUGCUCAGCUUUUGAGCACGUAUUUGCACUCCGAAGGCCAUCCAGUUCCUUCUUUCGAGCGGGAUGCUGCCCCCAAGGCAGUUCCUGCCUCUGCCCCGGGCGAGGUUCAAGCUGCGCGAGAGGCACUGCUAGAUGCAUCCAUGAAGAUGUUCCAGUUAGCAUCCGGACCUAGCGAGUACCUGCCAAACUUGGCGGUGCAAUAUCAAUAUCUCUCAUGUCUUCAUUGGCUGAUUCAUUUCGGCAUCUUGGCUCGAGUUCCCCUCAACGGGUCAAUUUCUUAUGCCGCCCUGGCAGCAGAUGCAGGUGUCCCAGAACGAACACUGAAGACAGUAGCUCGCAUGGCAAUGACGAGUCACGUCCUGUGUGAGGUUCAGCCUGGCUUCAUCGCCCACUCGGCGACAUCGGCACAGUUCGUUACUAACCCGAGCAUGAACGACUGGGCCGAGUUUAUGUGCCAGGGCUCAGUUCCGGCCGCUUUAAGUCUCGUGAAAGCCACCGAGCGAUGGCCUACUAGUCAGUCCCGGACUGAAACGGCCUAUAAUGCCGCGUUUGAGACGGAGCUACCGUUCUUCGACCAUCUAGCAACAUUGCCCGAUCGCACUCGUCAAUUUGCAGGUUACAUGAAAAACGUGACCAGUAGCGAAGGCACUAAGCUGGACCACUUGCUCAGCGGGUUUGACUGGUCGGGAUUGGGAACGGCGCGGGUCGUCGAUGUCGGAGGAUCCACGGGAAAUGCAGGCAUAGCGCUCGCCAACUCAUUCCCAGAACUAGACGUGACCGUUCAAGAUCUCAGUGAGAAUGCCGCCGAGGGGGCCGCGACUCUGAAACCCGAGUUGGCGUCACGCGUCCAUUUCCAGGCCCACGACUUCUUCCAGCCGCAGCCCAUUGUCGGGGCUGACAUUUAUCUUUUGCGGAUGAUUCUACACGAUUGGGCUACACCGGACGCCGUGCGGAUCUUGCAGCAGCUGGUUCCGGCUUUGCGUCGGGGAUCGCGUAUUGUGAUUAUGGACUCGGUCUUGCCGCGCCCCGGGUCGGUGGCCCCGACUAAGGAGCGCCUUCUCCGCGUUCGGGAUUUGACCAUGCUGCAGGUUUUCAAUAGCUGCGAGAGAGACUUGGAUGACUGGAAUCAGGUGUUGAGUCUUGCGGAUGAGCGCUUGCGGUUGGUUGAUGUUGCUCAACCCCGCGGGAGUGUCAUGUCCCUCCUUACUAUUAGCCUGGUCGACUGA